CAGGGCCCUGCUGGCCCUCCCAGCCCACACACGCCCUGCCUGCCACAGUGGCACUCCUCUGCCCAGCCUUCCACCCCGAAUAGGAGCUGCUCUCAUUCACAAGGCUGGCCAGACCAGCGCCAUUCCUCUCAGGCACUACCAGCUCCAAGGACACAAGUCCUAGAGAGGGUUUUCUUCACACUCCAGAGCAGCUGCGGGCCAUCAGCCCUAGGGGGACAUGGGCCAAUGCAGGGUCAAUCCACACAGACAGGAGAAGGAAAUGGGCAUGGGGCCGGCACUCUUGCUUGACCUGGGUGGCCCUUCCUUGGGCCUGACUCAUGACAAGGAAACCGCAUCGAGGAGGAGCAGGGAGGGUUACCGCAGUCCUGGGUGCCGUCUUCCUUCUAGCGGGUGGGGAGUGGGCACUCCUGCUAGGCCAACCUGGCUUCCAGGGUUCCAGGGGCCCCGGUUCCCCCAGCUCAGUCCCUACUCCCGGCAGGCUGGCUUUAUGACUUCACAUGCUGAAGUCACGCGGGGACAAUGCUGAGCGUUCCACCCCUCCAAGUCCAGGCCCAGCCCAGCCAGACGGCUCCCCACAGUGUAAAUGAGGACAAUGCCCGCUGGACCACAGGGGGAGGGGAUGUAGAGCGCAGCGCCGCCAGCCGCUCCUGGCACCAUGGACGAUGCCGCAGUCCUAAGGAAGAAGGGUUACAUCGUGGGCAUCAAUCUUGGCAAGGGGUCGUAUGCGAAAGUCAAAUCUGCCUACUCUGAGCGCCUGAAGUUCAACGUGGCAGUCAAGAUCAUCGACCGCAAGAAGACGCCCACCGACUUUGUGGAGAGAUUCCUUCCUCGGGAGAUGGACAUCCUGGCAACCGUCAACCACCGCUCCAUCAUCAAGACCUACGAGAUCUUUGAGACCUCUGAUGGGCGCAUCUAUAUCGUCAUGGAGCUCGGGGUCCAGGGUGACCUCCUUGAGUUCAUCAAGUGUCGGGGAGCCCUGCACGAGGACGUGGCUCGUAAGAUGUUCCGCCAGCUCUCCUCAGCCGUCAAGUACUGCCACGACCUGGACGUCGUCCACCGAGAUCUCAAGUGCGAGAACCUUCUCCUCGACAAGGACUUCAACAUCAAGCUGUCUGACUUCGGCUUCUCCAAGCGCUGCCUGCGGGACGGCAGCGGCCGCAUCAUCCUCAGCAAGACCUUCUGCGGGUCGGCGGCGUACGCGGCCCCUGAGGUGCUGCAGGGCAUCCCCUACCAGCCCAAGGUGUACGACAUCUGGAGCCUGGGCGUGAUCCUCUACAUCAUGGUCUGCGGCUCCAUGCCCUACGACGACUCCGACAUCAAGAAGAUGCUGCGCAUCCAGAAGGAGCACCGCGUGGACUUCCCCCGCUCCAAGAACCUGACUGGCGAGUGCAAGGACCUCAUCUACCGCAUCCUGCAGCCGGACGUCAACCGGCGGCUGCACAUCGACGAGAUCCUCAGCCACUCCUGGCUGCAGCCACCCAAGCCCAAAGCCAUGUCUUCGGCCUCCUUCAAGAGGGAGGGUGAGGGCAAGUACCGGGCCGAAUGCAAACUGGACACCCGGCCGGGCUCACGGCCUGAACACCGGCCUGAGCACCGGCCGGACCAUAAGCUGGGGGCCAAAACCCAGCACCGGCUGCUGGUGGUGCCUGAGAACGAGGACAAGAUGGAGGACAGGCUGGCCGAGUCCUCCAAGGCAAAAGAUCAUCAUGGCACCGGAGCUGAGGUGGGGAAAGCGAGCACCUAGCGGUGCGGAGGGCCCGGGGGGCGUGGUGCGUGGUGCGCGCCCACAUAAACUAAAUAGGCAGUAGGAGCUGAAGAAGGCACAGGUGCAAGGAACAAGUAAAAUCCGUCAAUUAAACCACUAUUUUGAUUAC